AUGUCGCGCCGUAAUGGACGUCCACGAUCCCGUAGGAAGGGCUCCACAACAUCCUCUGCGCCUAUCUCUCGCCAACCCUCACAAGGCCCACAGGAUAUACAACGUCAAAUACUGCCGCCUACGCCAACGUCACCCGUCAACAAAGACUGUGGAGAGUUGGUUCCUUCCCCUGAGCUUGUAGCGCCGGAAUCCUCACUUGGUGUUUCUGUCCAACCUUUGAACACCACAACUACCGCCAACAUCUCAAACGAGAAGCAACACGUCAAAAGCCACCCGGACAUCCGUCCUGAGAUACACAGACAGAACCUAGCCCUCGAGCCAUACGGGGGUGCAGCAGUUGAUUUGACGAGUGCAUCAUUUCCCACCUUGUCGUUCUUUGAUGACCCCACAAAUGCUUUACAAUGUGAUAGCUCGGCAUUCACAUUUACGCCCAUGUUCAGUCCAUCACAAACACGCAGCGAUACCGAUAUCUCGCAAGUCUUCUCUUUCGAUUACUUCGGUGGAGGCAGUGAAUCAGCAUGGACCGAAUUGACCACCACAACGUCCAGUCAUACUGGCGAUUUGCCCGUAGACUUGAACACUUCGACUAUCGUAUGCUCUUGCUCUACCUUGCUGAUUCAUCAGCUCGAUAGGUCAGCUUCUCUUAUGGACAACGGCCAGGGAGAUGGGAGGUGUGGACCGAAGCCUUCUUCAGCAUUACUCUUGUGCCAAGCGAUGGACGAGGUCUCUGUUCUGUUGGGCAUGGGAACGGUUUGGGGUGAAGUUCCUUCUGGACAGCUCAUGUGUAGCACUACCAAUCUAGCACAAGACGAGCUGUUGAUGCGGUGUGGGACUUAUACAGUAAGAAGGACCGAUCAACGUGCUCUGCUGCAAACACUCAUGAUGAAGCGUUUCUCAGAGAUGCAACGUGCGAUCUACAAUCUGGAAAAGAUUGUUACAAAGGAAGACGCAGCGAGCUCGUUGUGUCACGAGGUGUAUGCUGGUAUGGUUACUGAGCUAAAACGCAAGGUCGCGUCGAAGGUGGAACAUUUGAAAACUUUAAUGCAAUAA